ACGCCACCUGUCAUUGGCUAUCACCCCUUCGCUGUCAUUUCCACCCAACGUAACCUCACUUUUUCGCAAAAGCGGUGUUUGUGACUUAAAAUGGGUAGCUGGCGGCUCGAAAUUGGCAAAAUGGCCCUUUAUAUCACCUUCCCGGUGGCGCUCUUCCACUACUUCAACCAACCCGAGCUCUUCGAAGAGUGGGUGGUCAAAACCAAACGGGAGUUGUACCCCCCGGAAGACACCACCCAGCAGCGCCAAUUCCUCGAGUCCAUUCAAAAAAUCAAAGCGAAACAAGAAGCGGAUCGAAUAAAAGCACUAGAGAAAAGUUUAUAAUUUAUUGUGAUUUAGUUGUAAAUAAAGUUAUUGAAGUUUG